CAUUAUAGCAUCUGAUUCUGCAGCGACAAGCUUUUCUGCUGCAGGUGGAUGAGCAACAUGCUUCCCCCGGCCCACAGAGAAGAACUGUUCCACAUCCUGAGGAUGACGGGGCCUCUGCUGCUCUCUCGAAUCCUCAAUUACCUCCUUCCAUUUGUGGUUACUAUGUUCUGUGGGCGUCUGGGAAAUGAAGUGAUGGCUGGCUAUGGAUUAGCUUCUGCUACUAUUAAUGUUACCACCGCAGCAACAGGAUGUGGUCUGGGAAGAGCAUGUGAUACUUUGGUCGCUCAGAUAUUUGGUGGCAAGAACCUGCUGCGGGUGGGAGUGAUUCUUCAGCGGGGAAUCAUCAUCCUGCUGCUGUUCUGUCUGCCCUGCUGGGGUCUACUCAUCAACGCCCAGGCAAUCCUGUUAUGUGUGGGCCAGGACCCUGGGGUGGCUAGAAUAGCACAGCUGUAUAUCACAGCCUUUCUUCCUGCGGUGCCGGUGAUGUUUCUCUAUAAACUUCAGGUGUCUUAUCUGCAGAACCAGGGUAUAAUCUUGCCGCAAAUGUACACUGCUGCUUUGGCAAACAUAGCAAAUGUGGUGACAAACUACGCCUUCCUCCACUGGCUGGAUCUGGGAGUCAGUGGAUCUGCUGCAGCAAACACACUCUCUCAGAUUUACUCCUGUGUGUUUCUGUUUGCUUACGUUUGGUGGAAGAAGCUGCACCUGAACACAUGGGGAGGCUGGUCUGUGGAAUCACUACAGGAGUGGGGCUCCUACAUGAAACUUGCCAUUCCCAGUACACUCAUGACUUGUUUUGAGUGGUGGAUUUAUGAGUUUGGAGGAUUCUUUGCAGGAAUGCUGGGUGAAGAAGAGCUGGCAGCUCAACAUGUUGUGAUAAUGGUGGCAUUCAUAACCUACAUGUUCCCUCUUGGUAUUCAAGCUGCAGCAUGUGCCCGUGUGGGUAACGCCCUCGGAGCAGGAGACACUGCUCGAGCAAUCCUCACCACCAAGAUGUCGUUGGCACUUGCAUGCAGCUUCGCUGUCGUUGAGGGUGUGGUGCUGGGCUCCACGAAAACAGUGAUUGGCUUCAUCUUCACCUCUGAUGAGAAGAUCAUAAAUCUGGUCUCUCACUUGAUGAACGCAUACUGUUUCCUUCAGUUCUUUGAUGGUCUUGUGUGUGUGUGCAGUGGCAUCCUCUUGGGCACGGGCAAACAGAACAUAGCAGCUGUGGCUAAUUUCAUUGGAUACUACUGCAUUGGACUUCCUCUCGUUGUUACUCUAAUGUUUGUUGCAAAGCUGAGAGUUUUGGGGUUCUGGCUGGGACUACUCAUUUGUGUCGUUUUACAAUCCACCUUCUACAUCAUUGUCAUCUUCAAGCUGAACUGGAGGAGGAUGACAGAGAAGGCAGUGAAACGAGCUGAGAAGAAGAUGCACAUGACAUUAUUAAGUGCAGCUGCCCUGUCCGAUCCACAUGGUAACAGCACUGCUGGCCAGACAGUGACUAAUGGGAACUCAGUGGAUGGCUACAUGUCUUUGAGAUCUGAGGGACAUGACGGGAACACUGAGACACAAGGGGGACAUGUGCUGCAGCAGAAGAACAAAGGUCGUCUCUCCACCACCCAGCUGGUGCUCAGACGAGGACUCACUAUGUUUGCGAUGGUUGGGCUUCUGGCUGUGGGAGCAAGUGUGCACUUCCUUGUGCCCUUACCAGAGACCCUGCCUGCAAUUGCCAACUAUACGAUGGACUGGGUCAAUACCACGUAUAGUCCUGAUCAAAACUUCUCCUCUGUGUUGUCCCAAUAGAAGAGACAGUAUCACCUCGAGAGCCUUGAUCAUGAAAUCAUUGAUUUUAUCUUUGAGUAAAGCUCAGGGCUUGACUGUGGCAGUUUGACUGAAAAGUAAAACGAAGGAAUUGUCCAGCUGUAAUGUUUUUGCUUUAAAAUAUCAAUUCAUUGUUUGGAUUAUAAUUUACCCCUCUAGGUUUUUUUUUCUCAUUAUAUUAAAUUCACAUCUACCUGUAAUAAAGAUAAUGGUUCAACAGACUAGUUUAAAACCCAUGUCUGGUCUUAUGAGAGCAUACAGCUGAUGGAAAUGUUUUGUAGACACGAGAAACAACUUUCCACCUAAUUGAAUUGGGAAAGUAAUUCAGUUUUGUGGGUUGAAUCAUGUGCUUUUAUCUUCAGUGGUGGUUUCACAUUUAAUGGCAUAUUAAUGUGAAAGGUUCAGUGUGUAGAAUGUAGUGAUCUAGUGGUGAAUUUUCAUGUUGCAGCUGAA